AUGGCCGUCGACUACUUCGCAGACCCCCCACCAGGACUGGACCUAAACGAGUCGCGAACUGCUUCCAACAAUGCGGUUGGGAUCCUUCUUCUCGCCUUGUCAGCGAUCUUUGUUGGCUUGCGAUUACUUACGAGACUGAGGUUGAAACGCGAGAGGCUUGGUCUCGAUGACUACCUCAUGUUCCUGGGGUUGGCGUUGAACGCUGGGAAUCUUGCAUGUUGCAUAGCUGGCGGCUUCUUUGGCCUUGGGAAGCACAUUUGGUCACUUGAUGCAUAUCAGAUGCGCCAGAUCACCAUCAUCACAUUUGCCUACGUUUUCAUCUACGCUUGGAGCGUAUGCAUCAUCAAGUUCUCGAUUCUUGCCCUCUACCAUCGCAUCUUCGGGCUGUCGUGGAUGGGCUGGUUCUGUGUUGCAUUGACCACCGGCUAUCUGAUCACUAACCAUGCCGUACUACCGCUGUACACAAAGCCUCUGAACUACUACUGGAACCAGUGGUAUGGUGCCGAAGGUGUUGUUCAGGUGGAUGAAGCGAAGUUCUAUCUUGGGAUUGGCAUAAUCAACCUUUUCGGGGACAUUUGCAUCUUGACAGUCCCCAUCACGAACGUCUUACAGCUGCGACUUGUGAGAACGCAGAAGAUUGCGAUCUCGCUAAUCUUCAUGCUCGGGAGUUUUGUUUGCCUCGCCUCCAUGUACCGCAUCAUUACGAUAGCUCGGUUGGUCAAAACAACAGACGUCAGCUGGGCCAAGAGCGAUGUGUUCAUCUGGUCCUCCGUCGAGCCUUCCAUCGGCAUCAUAUCUGGUUGCCUGCCCACCCUUCGGCCAUUGAUGCUGCAAAUAAUGCAAUCAUGGUUCAACUUCAUACCCUCUGGGCGAUCCUCAAGCGGUAAAGGGUCGCGCUCGAUCAGCCUCAAACCCAUCGAAACGAUCGGCCAGAAGCGCAUGCGCAAGAUCUCGGAGCAAGAUACACUUGGCGGUUCGCAGUUCACGGAGCUCAACAAUGACGGCGACGCGGAUGAAGAAAGGCGAGGGCAUCAUUCGAGAACUUGGAGGCCCGAUGAAGAUGAGAUGUGUCGCACGACCACAACGGUCCAUGCGCGGAAUGACAGCAGAACUGGGACCGAGAGGAGCACGCCAGACGCAAGAGAUGGUGGGAUCAACGUUACAAAAAUGUUCGAGUGGGACGAAGCGAUGCGGAAAUAA